AUUUUGGGGUCUUUCAAAGUUAGCUUGUUAGCUGGUCAGGAACAUUUUACGUUAGAUAGCUACAUGCAAAAGAACCAGGCAGUGGUUUCAUUCAUAGACUUUGCAGUCUUACAGAUGUUUAAAAACGACGUGUAGUCUUACGCGCCUCACGUCUAAUUUUCUGUAAAUACAGUUACAGGUUUCAGGAAAGUUUGGACGACUUUGAAGCGGGGUUGAAGUUUCUUGGCGGUGAAGAAAAUUGAUAUGGCGACUGCAACUCCUAGCCGCGCUGCCGCGGAAUCUAGCCGGGCGGCCGCAAAAACCCCGCUGUCUCCGACGCGGAUUUCGCGCUUGCAAGAGAAACAAGAGUUGUCACAUUUGAAUGAUAGACUCGCCGUUUACAUUGAUCGUGUUCGGUCAUUGGAAUUGGAAAAUGACCGUCUUAUGGUGAAGGUGUCCGAGAAGGAGGAGGUUACUACACGAGAGGUUUCAGGGAUUAAGGCUCUAUAUGAGGCGGAGCUUGCAGAUGCUAGGCGUGUCCUCGAUGAGACAGCACGGGAGAGGGCCAGACUACAGAUUGACCUCGGGAAGGCAAAUGCAGAGCUGGAUGAGGUCAACAGGAACUUUAAGAAGAAGGAUGGAGACCUUCUUUUGGCCCAGGCCAGGAAUAAGGAACUGGAGGGGCAGUUCAACAAGAGUGAGGCUGCUCUCAACACUGCGAUGAGUGAGAACAGUGCCCUCUCUGCAGAGCUUGCAGAUUUGAAAGCUCAGCUCGCCAAGGCUGAGGAUGCUCAUGCAGUGGCUAAGAAGCAGCUGGAGGGUGAGACCCUGAUGCGUGUUGACCUGGAGAAUCGCUGCCAGAGCCUCACAGAGGAUCUGCAGUUCAGGAAAAGCAUGUUUGAGGAGGAGGUGCGGGAGACCCGUAGUCGCCGUGAGAGGCGCAUGGUGGAGGUGGACAGCGGAGUUCAGCCGGACUACGAGUCCAAGCUGGCCCAGGCUCUCCAGGACCUGCGCAGGCAGUAUGAGGAGCAAUUGCAGAUCUACAAAGAACAACUUGAGCUAACUUUCCACGCUAAGCUGGAUAAUGCAAAGGUUUCAUCUGACAUGAAUGACAAGGCCAUGUGUUCAGCCAGAGAAGAGUCCCAGGAGGCUCGUCUGCGUAUUGAGAGCCUUUCCUACCAACUGUCUGCCCUGCAGAAGCAGGCUGCAGCUGCAGAGGAAAGGGUUCGUGAGCUGGAGGACAUGCUGUCCAGCGACCGAGACAAGCACCGUCGACAGAUGGACGCCAAGGAGCGCGAGAUGGCAGAGAUGCGGGACUGCAUGCAGCAGCAGCUCAAUGAGUACCAGGAACUGCUGGAUGUCAAGCUGGCUUUGGAUAUGGAGAUCAACGCCUACCGCAAGCUUCUGGAAGGCGAGGAGGAUCGACUCCAGCUGUCCCCCAGUCCAUCCGCCAAGGUCACCGUCUCCCGCGCGACAGGCAGCAGCAGUUCCUCCCGCACCACGCGCUCAAAAAGGAAGCGUGUGGAGAUUGAGGAGUCUGUGGUCGUCAGUGCCCCCAAAAUCCACAUCAACCAGGAGGCCGAGGCCACUGGCAGUGUCACAAUUGAAGAAAUUGAUUUGGAAGGAAAGUCUGUCACCCUAAAGAAUAAUUCUGAUGAGGAUCAGUCCCUUGGUAGCUGGAGGCUGAAGAGGCAAAUUGGUGAAGAGGAAGAAAUUGCUUACAAGUUCAGCCCCAAGUAUGUCCUCAAGGCUGGCCAAACUGUUACGGUUUGGAGUGCUGAUGCAGGGGUGGCACACAGCCCGCCUGGCAACCUCCUGUGGAAGGGGCAGAGUUGGGGCACUGGAGAAGACAUUCUCACCAUCCUAGUCAAUUCAGAUGGAGAGGAUGUUGCAAAGAGGACAGUCACAAAAACCAUGGAGGAGGUGGAGAAUGGAGAUGAAGAAAAUGGUGACUUUGAGGAAGAGGAUCUUUUGUACCAGCAGGGAGACCCAAAGAAACGGGAAUGUGCCGUCAUGUGAAGAGUAUGGAGACCUCAGCCCAGUUUUUCUCUUACAAUCCUUUUAUUCUGUAGAGCCACUAUUUUUGUAUACUUCAAUCCUAGGUUCUUGAUUAAUCCCAAAUACCCAUUUGACUUGAGUUAUUUCUUCUCAUGUGUAAACGGACCUCAUUUCCAGGUUAUCUUGAACUAUAUCAGCCACUGCAUCUAUAGGUCUCUGUAAGUCGGUGAAAAUGGGAACCCCUUCUGUGUACUUCAGUACUUUUUCUUAAGCAGCAAUUCAUAUUUUAAGUAUGAAUUAUAGGAAUCAGCCACUUCCAAUCGUCAAAGGUCCUUGUAUUAGUGUGCAUCACUGCUGAGAUAUUCUCACACGGCCCCCAGUCCUUAAAGAUCAGAGUUUUCUUACAUCCCAGUUUGUAGUGAAUGACUGCCAGUGCUAAUGAUUCUGUAACAAAGAAUCUUCAACUUCAAUCAAUAGAAAAACAGUCAAAAGUAGCUCAGAAGCUCAAUGAAAACCAUUGUAUAACUUGCUGAAAUUGUUGAUUCUAAUCAAUGGUUAUGCAAAUCGUGAACAACCUAGAGGUAUUUUGUGUCUUUUAUAUGGCUUGGAGAGCAACUUGACCUCUAUCAUGUAUUGUACAGUAGAUCGUAACUGACAGCUGAUGCAUUGCUUUUUCUUUUUAUAUAUUGGCUUCGCUGAUCAGAUGAACGGGGUGGAAAUGUGAUGAAAUUGGUACUCUAAAAUUGAUGAAUUGGUCAAACAUUUCUUAAGAUAUUAAGAUAUUUGAAUACUAAACCCUAGACCCUUUACCAUAGGUAUAGAGUUUCUGUACCCUGUCUCACACAAGUAAAUUGCUAGUCAGUACUGAUUUACUUAGCUUUUUUUAAAUCAAAUGAAUCUUAAGUGCUAUAGCAGUUGUAUUGUUUGGUUAGUGGGGAGUUUGUUGACCGUUACACCAAAGAAAAGUUGGUAAAGAAGCAAGUGUGUACUUGAGAUGCCGAUUUGUGUGGAUCAGAAAUAUUUUCAAACAUAGAGUUGAAGAUUUGCCUUAAAAGUUAUUUUAAUUUUCUGCAAACGUCAGUUGUAAAGCACGUGUUUGAUGGUGAGGGUUAAAAAGUUGUGAGACAUGCAGGGGUACAAUUUCAGGGUGUACUUUGGCUUACUUGAAAAUAAAUGGCUCUUAAGCCUGUGAUCAGAGUUUCCACCCAGUUAGCAUCUGAUGCUGUUAUCAUCAGUAAUAAUAGUAACUAAUCAUGUGUAUGUUUUAAAAUUCGAAAAUGGUUUCUCAGAUAAGUAUGCACAAAAUAUGUGUUGUUAAAAUUUGAUGUCUGCAAGCACAAUGCCACCCUCUCCCUAUAUGCCUUCAUUGGGCACUUGUAAUGUUUGUACUUGCAUCAGAUAUCUGAGAAAUUUAGUUGUUUUUAAAAAAGGCAGCUUGAAUUUAUAAUGGAGUUUAUAGCAGUGUAUUACAUUUAUUUGAAAACAUUUGGUCCAUGCCAGUUGAAGAUGCUGUAUUGCUGCUAAAUUGGGUACGGAAUUGAAAAGGAGCAAGUACAGCAUAGUUGUUCAUAAGGUGCGUAGGGGUCUGUGACAUCAUAAGGUGCGUAGGGGUCUGUGACAUCAUAAGGUGCGUAGGGGUCUGUGACAUUUGAUUUGAAAAUGAUUGAUGCAACUCCUCUGGAAGGCUAAUGGGAUACAUUUGCCAUUUUUGUUUUGUCAUUGAGGUCUGGGAAACGAAAUUUUCAAUGCUUAUGUUUGCAGUGCUUUGCCAUGUUUUUAAAAUGUGGUUAUUUUACUCAUUGUUUACAUGUCUAUCUUUUUUUAAAGUUCUCUAAUGAUGGUAAAGUAACUUACAACAACAAUUAAAUUAUUUUCAAAUGAGUGCCUUCAAAGUAAGGCAUAUUUUAAACUUGAGAUCUAUUGCCAGCAUGUAUUUGCUUCUUGAGUGCGUCACACUUGUGAAUUAGUGAUUCUGGACCAACUACAGUUCUGAUUUAGGUAUCAAGUAGUCAUGCACUGUCCUCAGCUGAUGUUCUUCAGGUUUGAAUAAUGUGACUGACAAAUGUGACUCAGAAAGCUUACAAAAAAUACUUUUAAUGAGGAAAAAUAAUGUUUUAAACAGAGCAUAUUUUAAGAGUUAUUUUUUCUUAAUUACUCGAUGUGGUAAUUGGUGCACUCUUGAAGUGCAAUAAUGUGAUUUAGAGGCUAUCUAGUUUUGAGCCAUAUUUAAAUUUAUACAGAUAGGUAUGUUGCGUAGAUUCAGAGGGGGCUUUAUCAUCGUAAGAGAACUUGUAUGGGUCGACUAUAGGGAGGGCGCAUGCCAAAAGUGUGUUUCUUAAUUGAUUUAUUACUUUCAUUUGAAAUUUUUUGUAUUUACAAUACAAUAAAUGUUUUCCAUAAA